AUGUCGUCGAUAAUGAACAGAACUGGAAGAAGUUGGGAUGAAAGCGUAGACCGCACACCGAAAAAUUCGAUACAAAGGGAAAAUGAAUUCAGAACAAAAAAACGGUUUGACAGUUGUAAAAGAAAGGGUCAUGAACUUGUUGUUUUGAACUCAGAUUCAAAAGAAUAUAAUAUAAAAAGUAAGGUCAAGGUCAAGAAGUUUGAUGCCGAUGAGGACUCGGAUUUUGAAGAUGUAGAACAUGUGCUUAUUAGGAAAAAUAGGAUGCAUGGUACUUCAUUCAAAGAUAAAAAUGAAGAACGUGUGAAGAAAUUUGUUAAAAAUGAAGUUGUACAAAAGAGGCGAAAGAAUAAUGAAGGAAACGUAGGGAAAGCAAGAAAAGUUCCUAAAGUGGUAGAUACUAAUGCAGAAGAACCAAGGCGAAUACAAGCAAAUGAAGCAGGAGAACGUGUGAAAAUAAGUGAUGGAAGCUUUAAGGGAAAUGAAGGAAAAGAAAAUUUUAGUGGAAGUGGUGAAACAAUUGAGGCCACUCUUUCAACACUAAAGGAGAUGUACGAUAUGCUCAUGCAUCAAAAGAAAGUGUUGGAAGAUAAAAUAAAUGAUUCUGUCAAGAAAUACCCUAAGAAUCCAUUGGUCCAAGAAUGGAAAAACAAAUUAAAUGAACUAUUUAAAGAAGUUGCAACAUCAGAGGAACCAGUUCAAUCUCAAUGGUGGUAUGAUAAUGAGGCAGAAAUCGAACGUUCACUAAUUCUUGCAACAUCUCAUAAACAGUUUGACAACUCACCGAUAGCAAACUGUAGUAUUCAAAUGUCAAAGGAUUAUGCAGACUUCAUGAAUGGAUCUGGAAAAAAGUCUUUUCAUAGUACACCACCAUCUAAAAUAGAAAUGCCAAUUCCUUUGUUUGUUGUCCCAUUCAUGAAUGAACAAAAAGGGGUUUAA